UCGCCUGGGAGCCCUGGGGCGCCAGCACCCCGUGCCCCGCGGACCUCCCCGGAACCUGCCCCCGCGCAGCCCCACGUCGCCCAGGGAGCGCGCCUCGCUGCGCGCGCCCUUGCCCGCGCCCGAGGCGCGUGCCCGCCCCGGUGCAGCCCCUCCUCCCCGCUGUGUUUAUUAGGGGAAGGAGGGCGGAGGCGGAGGCCAGUUCCCCAGCUCCAGCCGCCGUCGCUCCCGCCUGUGUAGUUGCAGCCGCGGCCGCCUCCUGCCAGCUCGCCUCGGGGAAGAGGACGCUCCCGAGCUCGGGCGUUCCCGCCCCAGCCUUUCCCGGAGACAUGAACCCCAACUGCGCCCGGUGCGGCAAGAUCGUGUAUCCCACGGAGAAGGUGAACUGUCUGGAUAAGUUCUGGCAUAAAGCAUGCUUCCAUUGCGAGACCUGCAAGAUGACACUGAACAUGAAGAACUACAAGGGCUAUGAGAAGAAGCCCUACUGCAACGCACACUACCCCAAGCAGUCCUUCACCAUGGUGGCCGACACCCCGGAAAACCUUCGCCUCAAGCAACAGAGUGAGCUCCAGAGUCAGGUGCGCUACAAGGAGGAGUUUGAGAAGAACAAGGGCAAAGGCUUCAGCGUGGUCGCGGACACGCCUGAGCUCCAGAGAAUCAAGAAGACCCAGGACCAGAUCAGUAACAUAAAAUACCAUGAAGAGUUUGAGAAGAGCCGCAUGGGCCCUACCGGGGGUGAGGGCAUGGAGCCAGAGCGCCGGGACUCCCAGGACAGCAGCAGCUACCGGCGGCCCCUGGAGCAACAGCAGCCCCACCACGUCCCAACCAGUGCCCCGGUUUACCAGCAGCCCCAGCAGCAGCCGAUGGCCCAGUCCUAUGGGGGCUACAAGGAGCCUGCAGCCCCAGUCUCCGUACAGCGCAGCGCUCCAGGCGGCGGCGGGAAGCGGUACCGCGCGGUGUAUGACUACAGCGCCGCCGAUGAGGACGAGGUCUCCUUCCAGGACGGGGACACCAUCGUCAACGUGCAGCAGAUCGAUGACGGCUGGAUGUACGGGACGGUGGAACGCACCGGCGACACGGGGAUGCUGCCAGCCAACUACGUGGAGGCCAUCUGAGCCCGCGGCACCCCCCACCUGUCUUCAGCGCAUUCCACGGCAUCGCAUCCGUCCUGGGCGUGCCCCGUCCAUUCUUCAGUGUCUCUGUUUUUUAAAACCUGCCACAGCUUGUGAUUCCUAUCCCUCCUCCAGCUUCCUUUGCCAACUGAAGCCUUCUUCUGCCACUUCCGCGGGCUCCCUCCUCUGGCAGGCUUCCCCCUUGACUGACUUCUUGGUUUUCUCUCUGGAUGGAACAGGCCUGGGCCUCUCUGGGGGAGGGCGCGGCCGGUGUGCGGGGCUGGAAUGGGAGACCUGUGGGCCCCUGGGCCUCACCUGCCCCUCUGUUCUCUCCCUUCAUGUCCUCCUGCCCAGCUCCUCACACACCCACACAUUCCAGGGCUGGGGUGAGCCUGAGACUCCCAGGACCCCAGGGCAGGGGCUCCCCACGUUCCCCAGAGUGGGAUCUGCAUGUCGGCUCCUGGGAUGGCGACAGGGGCUCCUUUGUUGUGUAGGGAGCAGUGCGAUGGGCUCUACCUCUCCUUCUCAAAGAGGGGGCUGCUGCCCACCCUGGGUCUCUCCCCACCUUCUUCCUCCUCAGGGGCAGCAACAGGAGAAUGGGGUCCCUGCUGUGCGGCGCGUUCCUCCCCUCCCGGCGCGUUCCUUCACACACUGUGAUUUUGCCCUCCCACCCAUGCAGGCCCGUACCGGGCAAAGAGCUCCCCAGGAAGCACAGCUUGGGUCAGGUUCUUGCCUUUCUUAAUUUUAGGGACAGCUACCGGAAGGAGGGGAACAGGGAGUUCUCCCCCGCAGCCCCUUUCCCCACACCCACCCCCAGUCUCCAGGGACCCCUGCCUGCCUCCCAGACUGGAAGCCGUGGUCCCGAGGUGUGGGGCAAGGGUGACCUUGGGCCAUUUGGUCUUCAGCCUCCCUCAGCCCCCAGGACCUGGGUUAGGCAGCUGCUCCUGCCUGCUCUCAUGGGAAGAUGUCUC